AUGGAAAAAGAACGGAUGAAGAUAGCUGAAGACAUUGCUGCAGGAAUCCCAUUACCUACUGUCCUCCAAAAAAUUCAAGAAACGGUGCAGAGUUCUAAUUUGGAGAGAGUGCAUCUUACAAUGAUGCAGGAUUUGCAUAAUAUUGCAGCUGCGUAUAACCUGUCUUCAAAGUCAGUUAGACAUUCAAAUGAUGCGAUCAGUGUUGAAGCUUGGGUGCAAGAAGUGCAGCAAAGUGACAAUCCAUGUGUAUUGUUCUAUAAGCCUCAAGAAACAAUUAAUGAUCUGUACCCUGAACUGAAAAGUGAAGACUUUGUAUUAAUUAUAAUGAACAACGCACAAGGCGAAAUAUUAACUAAAUAUGGAAGUGACUGUGUUUGUGUCGAUGGAACUCAUGGCCUAAAUGGCUAUGAUUUUGAAGUUACAACAUUACUUGUACUGGAUGAUAUGAGGCAAGGAUUUCCAUGUGCUUUUCUCAUAUCUAACAGGAAUUACUCACAUGUUUUGAGUAUAUUUUUCAAUUGUGUUAAGUCUCAGGUUGGACAGAUUUCCCCAAAAGUAUUCAUGAUGGACCUGGCAGAAUCGUAUAGUAUCGCUUGGAACAAAACAAUGGGACAUCCUGAAAUGAGACUUUUCUGUACCUGGCACGUCGAUAGAGCCUGGAGGGCCAAUAUUAAGAGCAAAAUUAGAAGUUUGGACAAGAGAAACGAGGUGUACAAAAUUGUCAAAUCAUUAAUGCAGGUAAGAGAUGUUGUUGUGUUUCAAGAAUCGUUGGUAAAAGCAUUGCAGAAACUCAACAGCGAUUCAGAGACUUCAGAAUUUGGUCACUAUUUCAAGACGUAUUAUGAAAAAAAUGUGAAGUGUUGGGCAUAUUGUCAUAGGAUCCGAUCCGGGCUCAACACAAACAUGCACCUGGAGAGCAUGCAUAAGACAUUGAAAUAUAUACAUGCUAAUGCAAAGCAGGUAAAACGUUUGGACAAAGGUAUAUCCGCUUUGAUGUCGCUUGUAACAGCAAAGCUGUUUGACAGGCUCAUUGUCAACGUGAAAGGGAAGCUAACAAGUAAAAUGAAAAACAUUCGCCGUAAACACAAAUGCAGCAUUCUGAUGAAUAAGGACUCAAUUAGGAAGGUAGGCAGAGGUUGGGAAGUACCAGCCACAAAAUCACAUGAAGUUUACCUUGUAGAAGAAAAUAAUAUCUUCUGUAACUGUAAAUUAGUGUGCACUGACUGUAAAGUGUGCAUUCAUAGGUAUUCCUGCACGUGUAUUGAUUAUAGCAUUAAGUUAAAUAUGUGCAAGCAUAUACAUAAUGUUUGCCAACUAGACAGUACAGAACAAAAUCCUUUUGAAAUUUCUGAAUUACAAGAUGCAGUAGCUACAGAUGUUGGAGAUAUGUCUUGCAUUAAUGAGAAAGAAGUGAUUUUGAAGCAAGUAAGUGGAAAUGCUAAUUCCUGCACCCCAGAAGCAUUGGCAGAAGAGAAGAGAAAAAUUAUUUCUAGGUUUUCAGAAAUUGUUUCUGGUAUGUCAGCUACUGAAGUUCAGCUGGCUAACAAAAUGGUGACUUCGUUGAAGGUUAAUGUAGGUGCUGUUCGCACCAGUAGUGGUAUCUCUUUCAUUAGCCCACAAAGAAGUCUCAAGAGGAAACUUUUGCCCCAGAGGAGGCUGUUUUCAACAAAGAAGACAAGUUCCUCAAAACGCAUAUCCAUGGCAGUUCCUAAUGCAGAAGAAACCAACAACAUCCUGAGAACACUUCUGGAUGAAGAUUUAUAG